GUUUAUAUUCUAAUGGGGCAGGGAACAUGUAAAUAAAUAGGUCCAUAGAAAAUAUAUACAAGAGUAAAUAGAAAGUAAUCUUAGAGGAUGAGGCACUAGCAGCUGGAGAGACAUUUGCUUCUUACAGAAAGUGGCAAAUACAAGACUAACCUCUCUUCCACAGUGUAAACUUUCCAGCACUUGACAACUAGUAUAUCACACAUAAAUUUUUUCUGCUUAAUUUUAAAAAUUUAUUAAAUUCAGUCUGAACCCAAAGCAUUGUGUUGACACAAAAAUAACAGUCAUAGAGUAAGGAAAGAAAUUGAAUGUAUGAUUUUAUCAGUAUAGAAAACUUCAUGGUAAGGAAUCUCCCUCUACCAAUACAGGUCACAUUUUCUCUGCAAAUUAUAGUUUUAGAGAUUUAGGUCACUGAGCAAUCAAUUAUAUAGAAGAGAGAGAAUGAAGCUAUUUGGGAAUUUUCCCUAUCUACAUAAUGAAGGGGUGGAACUGAAUAUCCUUUAAGGUCCCUGCCAAUUCUUUAAAUCCAUGAUGCACUUGUCCAUAGCGCUUUGUACAUACUUAUUUAAUUUAAUUGAAUUUGUCUAGUAAGGAAUCCAUAAGAGCUUAAAUUCCUGUGCUUUAAUUCAUUAAGAUGGCAGGCAUUAGGUGACACAAAAACCAUAACAUUUCAUUUGCACAUUAAAUCAAAUUAACAACAUCCCAAAUAAAAGAUAGGAAAGUCUUUAGAAAGAGUAUUUCCCUGGCCACAAGACCCAAGUUGCUGGAAGAAUUUGCAGAAUAUUUAUUCCCAGUCUUCAGAAACACUAGAUACAGCCCAGACUUUAGGCAAAGGAAUUCAGACUUGUAGUUAGCACUUGGGUUCCUGAGGUCCCUAUGAUGGAUGACAAGAUAUCCUUGCAAAUGAGGAAACUAAGGUUCAUGGAGGUGUGCUUAUUUGCCCAAAGUCACACAGAUAGUAGAUAUCAGAUGAGGUUUGAACUAAGGUCCUUGGAAUUAGAGGACUAGAGGUGCUGCUCAUUCUAAUACAGUAUACAGCCACAUCUCAUCCCCACUCGACUCCAGCCCAUGAUUCAAUCAAUGACAUGAUGUUCACAUCCAAAGACUGCCCUCCAGGAAGCUGAAGUCCCUCCAUCCAGAGUUAAGUGGGGGGAAACUAGAAUCAGAAUCUCUGAAUUGAAUUCUCACCUAAAGUGAAGCAUUAUUCCCUUUUAAAGAUGCCAAUUGACGGUAAUUAAUUCUGCCUCCCCUCAAAGACUCUAUUGAGAAUAGUCCUCCCUAAUCUUCAGAGGCAGUCCAUCCCACUUUGGGAACAACACUCAUUUUAAGAAUUGUUUAUCCAAACACAGUAGAACUUCCAAGUUCUAUUCCUAUUUCCUCUCAAACUCCAACUACUUGCUGGGAGGAACUCUAGCUGGAGCAAAGCUUAUAAAUUUUAUUUUCCUCCAGGGAGUACCUAAGUUCAGUCCUUCACUAGUCAGUUUUGAGACUGUAUUGUGAUCCCUAGAUUUUUUUUCCUCCACUUAUCACUUACACUUGUAUGCACAAAAAGGGGAGAAGAAAAGGAGGAGAAAAGGCCAUCACACCUUUGACCAUUUAACAGGAAAGAGGGUGGGGGACAUUGGAAAAUGCUGCCGGGGUUUUUUUGUUUUGUUUUUUCCUCAGUGAGCCCAACAAUUUGAAGCUGCCAAAAUCUGGGAAGAGUCAUCUCCUUUUCCUCUCUACUUCCUGCUCCAGACCUAAGCAUCAGAUUGGAUAGAUUCCCAAAGCCAACAGUACUGUUACUACUGGCCAGAUCAGGUCAACCCAGAGGGCCUUCUCUAUACUCCCAGUUCCUACUACUCCUGCCUAAUCGGUAUCUACAAAUCAUUAUCUUAAACCAAAGAAAGGCAAUCACAUGGACUCAUGGAAAUUAAAAAGGGAACGAAGGAAAGGAAGGAAAGGAAGGAAAGAAAGGAAAGAAAGGAAAGAAAGGGAAGGAAGGAAGGAAGGAAGGAAGGAAGGAAGGAAGGAAGGAAGGAAGGAAGGAAGGAAGGAAGGAAGGAAGGAAGGAAGGAAGGAAGGAAGGAAGAUAGAGAAGCCAGCAAUGGGCAGAGAAAGGGUGAGUGUAAAGUAUGAGGAAGUAGCCUUGGAAAACCCACUUAAAAGGGAGCAAAGACCACCCUUCCCCCCACCUCCCCACCACCACGUUCCUCCCCUCCCCCCAUGCCCCAUGCUAGAGAGUCUCCAGCUGUCCUAGGUUUCUGGUCAAGUGGUUCAAAGCCAACUCUCCUCCAGUAAGUCAGCGCCCAGCCUGGAAUGCUAGGGGUGGAGGAGACAACGGGGCGUCUACUCCAGCUCUUUGUUUGGGGGAGAAAGGAAGAAAUUAGGAAGGGAAUAAUUCAUAAUUAUGUGUUUGAAUCUGCUGAGAGUGCCGUCGGUCUCCACGGAUUGACAAGUACACGAGCAUUUCCAAUUCAAGUAUCUUGGUAGCUCCACAUACUGAAAUUCACAACUUAGAUUCACACCUUAGAAGGAGUGUGCUAGAUAAAUCGAGCGACUUCCGGUUUGGGGCUUCCGGUUUCCGGUUUCCGACGGUUACAAAAGGCGGCCGCCACAGCCUGACGCACCAUAUCUCGAGCGCAGUGACGCAGCAGCUGCAGUUACUGGCGGCGGAGGACGUCCGGAACCAUGAUCGAGAUCGUGUGCAAUGACCGGCUGGGCAAAAAAGUCCGAGUGAAGUGCAACCCCGAAGACUCCAUCGGGGACCUGAAGAAACUGAUUGCGGCUCAGACGGGCACCCGCUGGAACAAGAUCGUGCUGAAGAAAUGGUACACGGUCUUCAAGGACCACGUGACCCUGGGCGACUAUGAAAUCCAUGACGGAAUGAACCUGGAGCUUUAUUACCAGUAAGGGAUCCUCAGCGCCCACGUCAGCGCUGCUUCCUCUCCCUCCCCCUCCUGAAUGAGACUUCCUGCAGCAGUUUCUGUCGAGUUUCCAGUAGCCAUAAAGUGCAGACUGAGGGUGCAAGUCCCUAGAAAUCAACCAAUCAUGGACUGAGAGAAAUUGGGUAAGACUUGUAUGAACUGCUGUAAAGGGAAGGGAACAGCAACAGCAGAACAAUAUAUACAGUAACAGUUUUCGAAGGACAGUUAAGUCUCCAAGACUUAGAAAUUGGGAUCAAUGCCAGAGGACAGGGGAUAAAACAUGCUACUCACCUACGUAUUGGGAAGCGAUGGAGUCCUUGUGCAGAAGAAGCAUAAUUUGUUUGUCUUUUUUAAUAUGACCAAUGCAGAAAUUUGUUUUCUUGACUAUACCUGUUUGUGAAAUGGCGUUGUUUUCCUUGAUUUCUCAAUGAGUAAGGAAAUGGAGGGGAGAGAAUUCAAAGCUGAAAAUAAAAUGCAAUUUAAAAAAAUAA